GAUUCAUCCAAUCUACACAUUAUUUUUUGACGUUGGUUUUUCCUGUUGUCACGGAAUUGUAUCUUUCGCCAGAAUUCUACGUGAAGUGUAGUGUUUUCGUUUUGUGUAUCGCAAUUUUACGUAAAAUUCCUACUAUUACUAAUUGUUUGAACCGUUGAGCUAUGCGUUGAGCAUAUUUAUAUAAAGUAUGGAUUCGUUUUUCGACUAUGACUCGAGUUUGCCUCCGGCUGACGGAAAGGAUACGAUUCACAGAGAGGUCAGAACUAAAUUUUGCCCGGAAGACGAAUACGAUGCAUUAAACGAUCAAACAUUUGGUGAUCCAGACAAAGGCGACUGGGAGAACACUCAUGAAACGCUAGUUCAAUUGGAAAGAGAGGACAAUUUGCAUUCGAGUCAUAGAAGUGCAAAUGGAGACGCGAGUUUCUAUGACGAGAAUGAAUUAGAAUGGCAUCUUUCUCGCUUCGAUUUCGACGAUGGGGAUGAGAGCGUAAGCAGUGCAGCCGAUCAAAGUGUGGACGAUGACCUGAUCACAAGGAUGCGUUUAGAUCCAAGCAUUUGGGACAAUUCGAUUGAAACCUCUGAGAAUAAACUUGGCAUCCAAAGUUUGUUUCCAAACAUCCAGUCGGAAAACGCAAGGAGCGAAUUCAAUAAUGUAUAUUACCCUAAAUUCGCUGCACCACAACUUCCGAUAAAUAUGCUAUCGGUGGCAGACAUUGAGCGAAACAUUAUCCAAAAACAGCAACAGCAGCUGAUACGAGAACGUAAUAAACAGGCAAAGGCAGCACGAGACAGUAACCAAAGUAGAGAAAUUAGACACACUGUUCCUCCGGUGAGUUCGUUAGUUCAGCCAAUGGUGCCUAAUAACCAGUUGUUAGCUAUUAGGAGUCGGAUGUUUCCUCCGCCACCAAUACUAAACCAUCAUUCACGGUUGCCGAUUGGAUUUCUACCGUAUAGUUUUUUGCCCACCCAUUAUUCCACGCCAAUAAAGAAUCUAGCGAUGCAUCCGGGUUUGAUGGCUGGCGUUGGUGCCCAUCUUGGUGUUUUGACCUAUCCACGAGUUCCGUUGCCUAUGCACCCCGCCCAGAUCCCGAACGUUCAAAUUAACCAGUUCAAUCAACGACUUGUACAAGAAAUUCAACAGAAUCAUCCGAUGCUGUCAUAUAAUCGCCCCAGCCAGUAUCAGUGUUCGCAAAAAAUGCGUGAUCGCAACAACGGCCAGCACCAGCGAUACAUUAAUCCGACAAAAGACACCGAUUACGACGAAUAUUCCAAUUUGAUGUCUAACCGAGAAAAGCAAUGGCUUAUUGGAAUACAGCUGACCCAACUGAACGCGGAUAUACCUUACAUAAGUGAUUACUAUUUCACGGUCUACAAGGAGCGUUUAGCGGCGAUUAAAGGGGAUGAGGAAAACAAAACAUACAAAGAUAACCAGUUGAAUCAUCCAUUUACGCAACCGAAAGGACACGCCCAACUUCUGCUCAUGUCUUCGCUGGCGAAAAAUUGUGGCAUGUUGAACACUAAAGGCGGGCUCACCAACCACAAUCGCGAACGAAAAUUGUCCGAGUCAAAAACCAAUGGUGACCAGCAACGCACGUAUACACCGUUGCAGUUUGAAAACUCCCUAGGAAAAUUGCAAUGUGGGAGCGUUACUGCGCCACGAAAAAUCAUAGACAUGGACGUGGUCGGUAAUGAGCCGACGACAACACAGGGCAAUGCCAGUUUGGAAUUAUCUAUGCAGAGGAAGUCGCGCCAUGUUUUGCUGCACAUUGAAACGCUGUUCAAAAUAGUGCUCAAACUGGAGGACCUCAAGAAUCCAGCGGCUAUCGAAGCGACUCUAAGAGCAAAGGAAAAAGGCAAUAAGGAAAGUGUUGCACAACAACAAACGAUAUCUGACGAUAGGGUGAUUAAUUUAUCUCUUUCUUCAAACUCCGAGCCGGAAAGCUUCGACGAAUUACUUGCGGUACUAACAUCGGGUCUGGUUAAGGACAAGGUGGUGCCAAUACUCGGUGUACGAAAAGGUAAAAUACUCCUUCGACGUAUUCUGGUGCUUCUGAGGGAGCAUCCGUUUCGCUGGGAUCUUUGGAACACAAUUUUCUCGUCGAUCCCAUUUAUGCUGAAGAAAGAUCGAGACGACAAUGAAGGGGUCUUAUUUACGUUAUAUACGGAAUUCGAGCGACAUGUACAAUACAGUCAGUUCUCGGAUCUGCUAAAGCUAUCGCAAACCAUCAAACUGGAUAGAACUCUCUCAUAUUUAACAAGCUGCAAAUUCCUGCUGUGUUCGGUCAUUACGAUCAUCUUCCAGAUUGAAACCUUCUUCGCCCGAGCGCCGAGUACGAUUCAACAGAGUGAACAGAACCAGUGGAUCGAAUGCUUGGAGUCGAUCACCAGUGCCACCAGUAAACUCUUGGGCAGAGCAACAACGAAGCCAACGCCGCAGCACAUUGUUCAAAUCGACCGUGAUAACAACAUAAUUCUAAUGGUGCGCAAUCAUUUCGAACGAUUUGCGGCAAAUGUUAAAGGGAACAAUUUUGUAGAUUUUAUUACGGCUGACCCAAUCGCACCUCAAUAAUAUAGUAGUGAAUAUUUCGAAUAGAAAAAGUCAUUAUGAACACAAUAAGAGACAGCACAAAUUUGAGACUGACUGUCAGGUGGAAAAUAUUUGUAAAAAUUUCUACUGAAUGUACAAUUUCGAACGUACAGCUGCGAGAGGCUAGCUUUAUCUGAAACUAAGUUUUUCUAAGUCAAAGGCACGCAGUAAUUAGAUUCAAACGAAUAGCUUCUUUUAGUGAGAUUUUAUGAUGUAAGAAAUGUUGAAAUAUGAACCUAAAUGUGUAAGAUACAUUCGGAAAACUACCAUUUGAUGGUAGCGACAAAAAAGAUUUUUCCGCUAUAAUAUUUUUAUCUAUCGUUUUGCUGCACGAUCCAGACAAUUUUUAUUUUCAUUGUAACUCGUUAUGAUAUAGGAAACAGACUGUCGAUUGACUAUACAGAGUGAGAUAUCUUCAAAUAGAAAUCAAAACACAUUCAUGAAUUCAGUGACUACACCAGAUAACUUUUGUGAAUCGAAAGAAUCAACUUUUUUGCGUUCUAGGUAACACAUUAAGGACCGGAAAGAAAUCUGUAAGACAUACGCCUGGGUCCGCACGUUUUCUUCUUCUUCUUUUUGGCUUUAAGAGGGUUUAAACUUUUCAGUUCAUUCGCCUCUAGCCGCACGUUUUAACUUGUGUGAAGUUAGCGGAUAAAAGUUUUUGUUGCGUGCAAGUUUCUGUUCAACGUCCUGCUGGAUUUCAUGAAUAUUGAAUAUUUUCAGUUGAAAUAAAUUGAGUGUUUAUCAUGUAACAACCUUCAGAAUCAUGCUCAUUAGAUAGAGAAUUGGAUCAUUCAUCUUUCCACAUUAUUGGGAGAAAUUAAUUAAUUUAAAGAAAAUUUAAAAAAGUUAUUUGAAAGGACCCAAAACACAUUUUUGAGAUAAUACUCAUUGGACGAAUAAAAUGAAAUAGAGAAUAUUUUUAUCCAUUUUCAGCCAAAUUUUCGUUGGCCGAAAAAGGAUCUAAGAACAAUAAUGGACCAAAACACACACAAGUUGUAGAAUGGAAAUCAAUAAAUUCAAAGAAAAUUGGAAAAAUUUAUUUGAAAGGACCCAAAACAAAUUUUCGAAAUAAUACUCAUUCGAUAGAAAAUAUUUUUAUCUAUCUUUAGCCAACUUUUCAUUGGUCGAAAAAGGGUCCAUGAAAGGUUAUAACCCAAAACCUGUACAACUUGUAUGGUUGAAAUAAAUUAUUUUAACGAAAAUUGAAGAAAGUUAUUUGAAAGGGCCCAAAACACAUUUUCGAGAUAGUACUCAUUCGAUAGAAAGUAUUUUUAUUUUUCUUUAGCCAACAUUUUAAUGGGCGGAAAAGGGUAUGAGAAAAUUUAUUGGCCAAAACGUUCACGAGUUGCACGGGGAAAAGAAUCUGGCUGAGUAAGGAAGUAAAAAGUGCCCCCAAAUUAAAUCACAAGCUCUGUGGAAAAUCUCUAUAUAUAUAAAAAUGUUCUGUUCGUUUGUGUACGCGUCAAAAACUCGAAAAGUGCGGAACCGAUUGAGCUCAAAAUUGUACACAAUAUACAAUCCACUUCAAGGAGUGUUGUUAUGGCAUGAAAAAUUGGAAAAUUGGAAGAAAAAUGAUUUUAUAUUUGACCAGAGAGCGUUUCUGAAAUUGAGCUUCUAAUGAAAAUCGACUAUUCAGUAAUGAAUAUGUGUUCUAUGUGAAGGAAACAUUUUUUUCCACGUGUUUGACAAAAUCAUCAACUGAAAUUGUGUUUCGAAGUGAUUUAAAAUUUAUCGAUUUCACUCAUCUAUAUCCAUAUAUAUAAAAGUUUUCUUGUUGUUUUUGUGCGCGUUAAAAACUCGAAAAGUACGGAACCGACUGAGCUCAAACUAUGAUACAAUGUACAAAACAACCAAACACAUCUAGGAUUGUUGUUACAACAUAAAAAAAAUAAUGAAAAAUUCAACUCAACCAUGCAACCACAAUGUGCCACAGCAAAGCGUGGCAGGGUACAGCUAGUAUUGUAUAUAAAUUUUGACUAUUUUUCGAAUACCUAUGUACUUAACCAUAGGAUCUAUGGUGAAAAACUUACCCUUCAAUUUUUAGCAAGCACGCCAUUCUCAAUAGCUUCGGGAUAAAUUUUUUUUUAAAAUACUGAAAGUGCAUCUUACUAUGAUAUAUCGUGAAGUAUAAUCAAAAAAAUAAUUCCUAAAAAAUUUAAGUAAAAUCUUGAAAUAAUGACUUUUUUGGAGGAUUUAGAGAUUCAGUACUACUCUAAUUCGUAUUUAAAUGUGUUCCUACGCCUUUCAUAGACAUGUGUGAUUUUUUUUAGAAUUUUAACAAUGUUGCAUGGCACAAAAAAAUAUAUAUUUCCAAAUUUGAAUUUAUUUUCGAAUUUUGAAACUCAGUAUCGUUUUUAUUUAUAUUUAAAUAUGUUAGUGUGUGUUUCCCGUUUUUGCAGAAAACUUAGGGAAAAAUGCAGUACGAAAAUAUUUUAUAAGUCUAAAAUUUUGUUUAAUUCCUUUUUUUAUUUUCUUGAACUAUCUUAUUGUAUUGUAUUCAUGGGUUCGUAAAAAGUUCCCCAAACACUAUUUCCAGCACUAUGGAAAAUAUUUUAUAGGGUACCAAACUAGAAAAUAAGAUAAUUCUCCUAUUUUGUUCACUAUAAGAGCUAUAGUGAAAAAUUAGUUUUUCUUUUUUCCCCUUUCUCAAUAGGCCUGGAAAUGAAAAUUUGAGAAAAUACGCAAAGUAGAUGUACUUGGUGAACCGCGAUAAAUUAUAACAAAAUUUUAUCCCCCGCGUAAAAAAAUCCUGGUGUGUAGAAUUUAUUGAUAUUUUCAUCAAAUACGAAUUCGAAAUUUUUCGUUCAAACAAUAACAUCUCUGUACUGAAUAGUCCUACAAAACGUUAUAGAAAUCAAAUGAAAUAUAGUUCAAAACGUUAAUUGGAUUUGCUAUCUUUGAAAAAACAGAAAGAAAUCGAUUUCUCAUUUCUUCCCGAUAUUUUUGUCCACUACAUCUACAUACAUCGAGAUACAAAUUUCUCUGUAAAAUAUUCCGUGUAAAUCCAUGUAAAUUAUGUUUAAAAGUGAUUUAUAUUCCAUCUUAUUGUGUUGAUAUUUCACGAUUUCAAAAAUCGCCUAAAAAUUUCGACUUCGUACUCCGUUCCUUCAAUUUUUUUUCGAGUGUGGAAAUGUUCUAUAUUUUAUUUUCGUUAAAUUUAUUAAUUGCUCACCUACAACUUCUAUACAUUUUGGUCCAUAACUUUUCUCAGACUCUUUUCCGGUCAACGAAAAUUUGGCUGAAACUCGAUGAAAAUAUUUUCUAUCCAAUGAGUAUUAUCUCAAAAAUGUGUUUUGAGUCCUUUCAAAUAACUUUUUUUCAAUAAUUAAUUUAUCCCAUACAACUUGGCCUAUAAUUUUUCUCAGACCCUUUUCCGAUUAAUUAAAUUGUGGCAGGAUGAUAGGUAAAAUAUUUCUCUAUCUGUCUAUCUGUCACGAUCAGGGAAAAAAUGAGUUAUGUAGAAAGAUGAAUUUAUGAUUAAUUCUCUAUCUAAUAAACAAGAAUGUGGAAGAUGUUACUUGAUAAACAAUCAAUUUAUUUCAAUUAAAAUAAUUCAAUAUUCAUGAAAUCCAGCAAGACGUUGAACAGAAACUUGCACGCAACAAAAACUUUUAUCCGCUAAUUUCACACAAGUCCGUAAAGAAGAAAAGCGAAAACGAGAAAACUCGUGGGCGGUCAGUAAGGUGUUAAACAUAUGGUUGCAAUUUCACCCAAAAGUUGAUUGAUUUGAAGUACUUUAAGGGAUAAAAUAAGUAUCAUUCACAGCUUGUUUGAUCUGAAAAGUAAAAACGAGUUUAGCAAAAAACCAUAAUUUACCACGUAUAUGCACAUGAAACAGGAUUUUCUCCAUUAAAAACUCGCGUAUAUUGUUCUCAAUUGAUUCAAGAUAUUUUAUUCAAUGUAGCGUCCAUUGAAAUCUGUGAAUUCCACCAUCCUUCAGGCAAUUUAUGAAUGCCCCACCAAGUAAAUUCUUUGUAUUUUAGCCUUUUUUGUUUUUUAGCCUUUUUUUAGCAGUCAUAAUCGAGCCAUUUUCGUAUGAUUUGAAAUGCUGCUCAGCGAGUGCGUAUUCCAUCGAUGAGAGCAAGUGGUAAUCGUAGCCAAGUCUGGUGAAUAAGCCGCAUGCGGUGGUUGAUCCCUAUUGAGUAGUUCAAACGUUUCUCUGGCUGAGGUUGAUAGGUGCGAUGGGACAUUGUCAUACCAAAAUUUUAUUUGUGUUGCAUUUUCUGAUAUUCUGGUGGUUUUGAGAGCAAAACACGGUUCAAUCGAUUCAUUGUUUUCAGUGACGUUCAGUAUUUACGGCAGUCCAGCGGCAUUCAAAAAGUUCUAGAUUUCAUUUCAGAAAACAUUGUCUUUUCCCAAGUGAUAUGGCCGAUGCAGCCGAGGUGAACAUAUGGACUUUUUCGCUUAGAAUUCUUGAAAUAUACCCACUUUUCACGGCUGUCACGAUACGGCAAAAAUGACUUGUUUCUGUAAUUGGCAUACAGAGGAGGCGAUCUGGCGUAGUGGUAACAUCAAUACUUCUAACGCAAAGGUCACGAGUACAAUUCUCAGAGAAAAAAAAAUGGCAUACAAAAUGUGGAAAAUUAUGUUCCGGGGUUCUUGUCUGUCGGUCAAAUCAUGGGGAACUCAUCUUCCAACCUUCAGGUUUUUUCCCAUGACUUGAACGACGGUUGAUUAGUCAACCUUUAGUUGUUUUGUGAGUUGUGGAGUUUGGCCGUUGUCUUCGUGUAUUAAAGUUUGUGAUUCGGUGUAUUCAAACGUUUUCUGUGGCUUUCCACGUCCAUCACAUCAAAAUUACCUUUUUCAUUGUAGUAAAGUGUGUUCCAUUUAGAAUUUGACCGCAAAUUUUCAAUAUUUCCAUGUGGAAAUAAAGUACAAAAUCGGUAAAAAUAUAUUUCUGUAGGUUUUUUUUUAUUAAUAUUAAAGGAAAAAUACAAGAAACAUUAUUUUCCUACUUUGAAUACCUUCCAUCAUCUUCUGCACAUUGUUAACCUUAUCUGCCAUUUCUUCCAACACUUUUCCAUAUCAGAUGGUGUUUUGAUUGUUUUAUCACCCUGCAUCCAUUUACGAUUGAUUAUUGCACAAUAUCUAUUGAUGGGACGAAAAUUUGAACAAUUUAGAAAUUGUUUUCCCAUACAGAUUCCAUUGUUUAUAUGGAUUUGGAACUAAGUGCGCCAUAUUUUUUAUUGUUUCUUGAAAGCUGAGGUUUUUUUCACAUAACAUAUCCGGAUAUCAGAGAGGUGUUUUAUUCCUUUUUGAGUUAUGAUUUUUCAAAGUUAACAUUUUUUCAGUUUUCGUUCAAUAAUCCUAUGCGACUAGAAUCCAGUUUUUACGCAAGUGUGGUAUGUGUGGCAAAGACGAUUAAUUCAUUGGCUACAAAUUGAUAUAUCGAUCAUCUGAAUCAGUGCAGUAGUUCAAAGGUUAUGAAAAAAGUUGAAAAAGUCAUUUCUAGAAAAAAGGGCUAAAAUGAUUUUUGGGACCCGAAAUCCAGAGAAACAAAUCCCCUGGAUUGAAUUUUGGAAUUUUGGUUCGGCUCCUCCUCCUUGGAGCCACAAACUAGGGGAAUUACUUUCUCCCUUUUUAUGUUAAAGAAGUCUCUUUAUGGGCUCAGCCUCUAUCUCAAGAAAUCCCGACUACGUAGUCGUAAAAACACUUCAAUGUCAGACGGCUCCAGAUUAGUUUGUCCGAGUGAAGCUCACGUGUACUUUCGGAUUUGGGAUUUCAUGCGUUCUUUACUUUUGAUUGCGUGGCGCCUGGUUGCCAACGCUUGUAAACUUCGGACCAUACACUUUUGGGAGCGUGGCGCCUGGUUGCCAACGCUUAGAGAAUUUCGGAUGAAGCACUUGAAUGACUAACUCGAACUUUAAAAUUGAACUUUACUUGCUGUUGAUCAAAAUUGAGUUGAAUUGUUAGGAAAAAUAUUCGAGUAUAUAUAAACAAAUUUUUUACCCAGUCUAAAUCUGUAAGAGAGAGAAAAUAUCUCCUGGAGGCGAUCUGGCGUAGUGGUAACAUCCAUGCCUCUCACGCUAAAGGUCACGAGUUCAAUUCUCACUCCCGACAUUCUUCCAAAACUGGAAGUAAAAGUGACGAACCAGCCAAAUGAGUUGAAAGUCACUAUAAUACAGAUAUAUAAAAAAAAAGAAAAUAUCUCCCUUUCCUGUUAUAAAAUUCUACGGCGUAUACUCGUAUCUGCCAGCGUGGGCAUCUUCCUAUUCCUGUUUCUCAUCUUCCAUUACGCCACCCGCGUAGGGUCCCAAACAGACAUAGGCAUGAGUACUCUGUAGCUUAUUGCGCUAAUUUUAAAUUUGUCAUAAAUUAUGCGCCGCUGAUCGCCUAAAAACACAUGCGUUUAGCGUCCUCUUUCUUCUCUGCCCUUCGCGCUCAUGCGAUAAAGGGUUAGACUUAAGAAAACUAUUUUUAUCACGGGUGGCCCAUAUAGCGCUCUCGCAUUGGUACUUAAUAUUAUUUCUACGUAUGGCGUCCUAUCGCUUAGGGUUCUAUUUUUUGCUGGCAGUGUUUACAGCCCUCCGCCAUAACUGGUACGUCUUGUUCAAAGUUCAACUAUAAUGUGACUUUACUCCCACAGAGGGUGAUAAGGCCUCAGAACGUUUCUUUUUCCGGAGUUUCAGUGUGUGAUUGAUGUUUAUUUGGUUUAGGCUCCUGAGCAAUUUCAACUGAAGCAGAGCAGAAUUCAAUCGUCCACACGUUUUUCUUAUCGAUACAUAUUGUAAAUUAUACAACUUCGCCAUUUUGGCGUAAGAGUAUUCCUCUGUCCAGUUGGAUCGUGCAGCGGGACAGUUGAUAUGUCUGAUGUUCCUUGUUGCAAGUAGCAGAACGUUGGUGGACGGAAAGGGGUUGAUCCUCCAAACACUUGAUGAUCGUUGCGUGGACGUAGUGAUUCUCUAAUAACACACAAAGAUGUUCAAUAGACGGCCUCGAAUUAUGAGCUCACGAUCGUUCGCCAAUAAGCGGAUAGGGAAUCAAAUUGAUCACGACGGUAUCAAAUUUACCCACGAACAGUAUCAUUCGUUCAUAACGAUUUGGCUAUGGAGUCGGUGUUGAUGGUUCGUCUGGGCUUUACUUAUUAUGUCCGUAGUUUAGAAUUCUCUCGAAAAAGAAAUCACUUUUCAUCGUCAGUCAGAAUUCGAUAGAGAUUUUGUUGGCAGUAUUUCAGUAUUUCUUCAAAUGGAGCAACUCGAUGCUAAAGAGUUAUCAAUCGAGAAUUGCAUCACUUCUACAGCAGAGAUAUUCAAUAUAUACUCAUCACGGUUCAUGAUUUAUAAGACAAUAUUGAAAUAAACAUUACAUGUUUAUUUGGUACAUCGUACAAAGUUUCUACGAUAAAUUGCAAAUUAUUCCCCAUCCUUUUAUAAUCUUACAUUGUCAGGCUAAGUGAUUAUACUACCAAAAGCGGCUUUCGAACACUUUACUCCACUAUAACAUAUAGGUUAAAUGUUACUGUACAUAAUAUUCACGUAAACGAAACACGCAUGUAGAAACUUUGUAUUCACAAAACAACGUUAGAAUAAAAUUUGAACAAUUGAAGGUUAUGUUUUCUUUUUAAAUAACUGUUUGAAAAUGUUAUUGUAAAUAAACUCGCGUAGGCUACGGCGUAGGCGUACGGUAAUAAAUAUAAACAAAGCUACGCUAGGAUGUUACAAAAGGCAUCAUUGUACAUUAUUGUGACAUUUCGAGUAGUUCGUAUGAAAUAAUAAACAUGAUUAAAUCGUUCAAACAUACAAAAUUAUUACUAGUGUUAGCAAAUGUACGUACGGUAGCCGUAAAUGUUUGGUUUUUUUAAAUAUUGAAACACACACUCGAAUUAAUUUCAGUCUUUUUUGAAGAAAUUAUUGACAUAUUAGGGCUAUGCUUUUUAGCUAAAAAAAUAUUGUAAAUAACAUCUUAUUAGAAACGCUAUAGAGAUGAUGAACAUACUGUGAAAAUAUAUCGUUCGUUUUACUGUCUAUUAUAAUUUAGUCAUUCCACCGUUACACACUCCAACCGAAAACGUAAACUUAGUCACUAUUCAUGAUUAUCCAAAAUUCUAUUUAUCUAUUUAUCUCGUUGUGUGCGCAUAAUAUUAUUAAGAAAAGGUAGAGCAAAACAAAAAAAAACUAUCGAACAUAUAUUGCAUGAUAAGCUUUUGUGUCAUAAACUAACUUCAAUAGAAAAAGCAAUUGUGAGUUUCGCUCAAAACCGUCGGGAAUUUUUUACGCGCAGCGUAGCACCCAUCUAUGUACCUUAUAAAUUUAUAAUCUAAAUUGCAAUAAAUUAUUUU